UUUGCCGCAGCGCAAGCUCUCAGCUGAGCCUAUUAUCCGCGUUCUUUCAUUUCUAGUUCUCUCCAAACGCCACUUGAGCACCGGUUCCUGUCAAAUGACUUGCCGCCUGUAUUUCUGUUGACACCGCUUUACAGACAUAUGAUGCCUACAGAAGCCAGUGUCCAGACUCUUCAAAUUCUGCAAAACAAUUGCAUUUUUACCCCCAGCGAUCGAUGCAUUGUUGCAUAAGAGAGCCUCGAACAUUUUCUAAAGGGUGUGACCAUUUCAUUACGGUGAAGCAUUUAGAUGCCCGUUGUGGUUGGCAAACAACACCCAGCGGCUGAGAGAUUUCAGCGGUGGCGAAGAUGCUCGGAUCGCGAACCGUCGCUCGCCCGGUGAACAGCGAGUCGCCUCCCCGCCCAUCGCCGCAUCCCAUUGGCCUGUCGCGGUGGUGAAUUUAUUACGCUGUGUUGUUAGUCUGGUACCGGGUUAGUAGUGCAAGUUUAGAAUGAGGAGAGGGUCCGUGGCGCUUCGGCGGAGGAGGAGGGCUGUGCCGGGCGCGGACGCGACUGCUGCCCUCCGUUCACUUCUAGUUGUAAUACAAGGACGCUCAAAAAGACUUUCCCGUCUUGCCAAGUGAUUACUAAUGAUCUUAAAAUUAUAUUUCGGCGACCAUGAAAAUAAGGUGAAUACAGAAAAAACACCCUCUUAUACCUGCUGAAGAAGAAGAGAGAAAUAUACAGAAAUGGGACCGUUUCCGAAGGGACGUUACUUUACUAUGGGCAUCUUGCUGUUCCUUUUUUCUUCUGCUGCACUUACAACAAUUAAAGGAGCUGGCAGUGAGGCACUUCCAGAGUCCCUCCCUUCCGUGGCGGGGACACUCCCUCACUUCGUGCAGGAGCCAGAGGACGCCUACAUCAUCAAGAGCAACCCCAUCAAGCUACGCUGCCGGGCUGCCCCCGCCCUGCAGAUCUUCUUCAAGUGUAACGGGGAAUGGGUGCACCAGAACCAGCACGAGUCCCGGGAGCGCGUAGACGAGGGCACAGGUUUGAAGAUCCGGGAGGUGAUGAUCAAUGUGUCCCGCCAGCAAGUGGAAGAUUUCCAUGGUCCAGAAGACUACUGGUGCCUCUGUGUAGCUUGGAGCCAUCUGGGCACCUCUAAAAGCCGAAAGGCCACCGUCCGUAUAGCAUACCUGCGGAAGAACUUUGAACAGGAUCCCCAGGGAAGAGAGGUGCCAAUCAAGGGUAUGAUCGUGCUGCACUGCCGGCCCCCUGAGGGGGUGCCAGCCGCAGAGGUAGAGUGGCUGAAGAAUGAGGAGCCGGUGAGCUCCCUCAACGACGACAACAUCGACACACGGGCCGACCACAACCUCAUCAUCAGUGAGGCCCGCCUUUCCGACUCCGGAAACUACACCUGCCUGGCCAGCAAUAUCGUAGCCAAACGCCGGAGCUCCUCGGCCAACGUGGUGGUGUUUGUGAACGGCGGCUGGUCGCUGUGGACAGAGUGGUCAGCGUGCAGCGUGCCGUGUGGUAGGGGGGUCCAGAAACGUUCCCGCACAUGCACCAACCCCGCCCCACUCAACGGGGGCGCCUUCUGUGAGGGCAUGUCCAUGCAGAAAAUCACCUGCAAAGCAGACUGUCCAGUGGACGGUGGUUGGGGGGAGUGGAGUGAGUGGACAGCCUGCAGCCCAGAGUGUGACAGACAGCGUAGCCGGGAAUGUUCAUCUCCGGCACCCAGGCAUGGGGGCAAGCUCUGCGAGGGCACAGGCCAGGCCACGGAGAACUGCACUGGGGGACAGUGCACCCAGAAUCGCAGGUUGCUGCAUGACGUGAAACCUCAAAGUAUGGAGGGAACUAACGACGUAGCGCUUUACUCAGGGCUGGCUGCUGGGGUCUUCGCCGUCUGCAUCCUUGUGGUCGCCGUCACACUGUACAGGAAGAACCAGAGCGAGUACGGAGUAGAUGUCAUCGAUUCUUCAGCGCUCACAGGAGGUUUCCAGUCAUUUAACUUCAAAACCGCCAGGCAGGGAAACCCACUACUGCUCAACUCCUCCAUGCAGCCAGAUCUGACAGUGGGCCGUACCUACAGCAGCCCCAUAUGUUUCCAGGACUUGAUGGACAAGGAGCUCUUUGACCCCCUACCUGACAUCAAGGUCAAGGUUCAGAGCUCCUUCAUGGUGUCGCUGGGAGUGGCCGAUCGUGCCGAGUACCAUGUCAAAGCGCAUCCUGAGACCUUCCCUCGAGGGCUGAACCGAGACUACAGCAGCAUGGAAAGCCAGAAGCCAGGCCUUCUCACCCCUAAUGCCCCAGUGACCCCUGCCAAGACACAACUGAGGACCACGGGCAUGUUUGGGCAUCUGGGCGGGCGACUGGUAGUGCCAAAUACAGGAGUCAGCCUACUGGUGCCCCAUGGAGCCGUCGCAGAAGACACCUCUUGGGAAAUGUACAUGAUGGUGAAUACAGAGGAGUCAAGUGCCCAUUUGGAGGAGGGGAAUGAAAUUCUAUUGGGCCCAGAGGUGACAUACGGACCUCCUGGUCUCAGCCUGUCCUGUCCUGUAGCAAUGACAAUAGCCCACUGCGCUGAAGUCAGCGAGGAAAACUGGAACAUUCGGCUCAAAAGGAAAACCCAGGAUAACAAGUGGGAGGAAGUGAUGUCAAUGGAGGAUGAAACAACAUCUUGCUACUGCCUAUUGGACUCCCAUAGCUGCCAUCUUCUGCUGGAGCAGCCGGGCUCUUAUGCAUUGGUUGGUGAGCCCCUCACUGAAACCGCUGUCAAGAGGCUGAAGAUGGCUGUGUUUGGCAGCACGGGUGGGAGCUCAUUGGACUAUAGUUUGCGCGUGUACUGUGUUGAUGAUACUCCGCAUGCCUUUCAGGCGGCAGUUGCUGCAGAAACAGGUAGAGGUGGGCAGCUGCUCGAGGAACCUAAAACACUGCGCUUCAGGGGAAAUGCAUUCAACCUCCAGGUGUCCAUUCAGGAUGUCCCACAGUUCCUGUGGAAUAUCAAGCCCUUCACCACUUGUCAGGAAUUUUCCUUCUCGCAUGUAUGGUGCAGCAACCAGCAGCCCUUGCACUGUGCCUUCUCCCUGGAGCGAUACAGCCCUAGCACCACGCAGCUGUCCUGCAAGAUCAGCGUGCGUCAGGUCAAAGGGGACGAGCAGAUCCUCCAGGUUUACACGUUGGUGGCAGAGGCAGAAAAGGAGCAAGUACCCUUCUUCACACACUCUGACUGCACAGUCACCUCCCAGACUGGCCCCAAAGCUUUCAAAAUCCCUUACUCCAUCCGGCAGAGAAUCUGCGCCACCUUCGAUACUGCCAACGCCAAAGGCAAAGACUGGCAGCUCUUAGCCCGGAAGCUCCACAUUGAGAGGGCAGGAACACCAUGGCUGAGCUACUUCCUUGCAGGGAUAUAUGAGUCUCCCCUGAUAGGUUUGUUUGUAAGGAGGCCAGCCGUGGGCCAGCUGGUGAGCAUCAAUAAUCACAGAAAUCUGUCCUAUUUUGCCAAACAGCAGAGCCCUUCUGCAGUUAUUCUGAACCUGUGGGAAGCACAGCACCAGGAUAACAGUGAUCUGGACUCACUAGCCAGUGCACUGGAGGAAAUUGGCAAGAUUCACUCCAAAAGCCCAGUGAAAACCCCAGAGGAACCAAAGUCAGACUUUUCGUAGUAGCAACUGGGAAAGCCAGUCCUGGGAAGACAGACGGAUGACAGGCGGUCUGUAAACUGCUAACAGAAGACACGCCACCCGCCCUUUCUAGCUGAAUUCGAGCUGGGGCUAAAAGAAAAACAUCAUCAUUGAAGAAACCUAAUGCAUUACCAAUGCGAAUGAAAUGUGAAACAAUUUGAAUUAUUAUCGGAUGAGUUUCACGAAAUUGAACAGAUGUUCGUUUCUUUCCCCGUAUGGGAAAAUAAGGAUUGUACCGACAUGCAGCCGUGCUUCUGCCUUUGUUGGACUUCCUAACCAUGCUCUCAUGUCUCCCUUCAUACAUGUGAAAUAUUUUCUUUUCUGUUCUUUAAUUUUCUUUGGCUUUGUCUGAUUGUGUUUCUGUUUCCUUUUUCACUUUUAUUAUCUUCUAAACUACAUUGUGCAACAUGCUUUGCCAUAAAUCUUUUCGAACUGAAUCGCUCUUCCCUCCACGGGGGUUCAUUUGCACCAGACAACAUUGAGACACAAGGGUUGCCUUUUAAGAAAAUCUUUAUGCUUUUAGAUGUGACUGACCUGAACAAUCUGAAGUGGGUAUGGAAUGUUUUUUUUUUUUUUGGCUCUCUGUGGCUUGCAAACGACUGUAUCCUCUAGUGUGCUGCUGUUGCGAGGCCUUCACAGAACCCUCUGUGCUAUUAGGCCUUCACAGAACCCUCUGUGCUAUUAGGCCUUCACAGAACCCUCUGUGCUAUUAGGCCUUCACAGAAACCUCUGUGCUAUUAGGCCUUCACAGAAACCUCUGUUAUAUUAGGCCUUUUUUGCAUAGCAGUUUAACGUCGAAAAAUCUGUCUGCCAAGGGGAUCAUUUAAAAUGGCACGAUGGGAAUUGUGUCAAAUAAAAUAUGUGACACGUUUCAUUCUAGCAUAUAAGUUUGUAGAAGGGAGCAUUGUGAUAAUGGUAAUUGAGCAAAUGUUAGCCUUUUUUUCAGCAAAGAUUCCAGUUGAGCCUGUAAACAGAAGAUGUUUAUUUACGUUUGCAGUCUACAGUGUGAUAGCACUGAUCUUUUCCUACCCCAAGAAGUAUGAGGAUGUGAAAAAAUACUCUGUACAAGUCUAUGGCAUUGUGCACUUUUUGUUCCAUGUCGUCUCAUUUACCCAUUAAUAUCUUAGGACACAUCUAUUGUGUUUUCUAAGGUGUCCCAGACUUUCCCACUUAAAGCUCCCCAUUGAAGUACAAUGAGCAGCACAUGUAUCACUUAGAGAAAAGAGCUCGACCUCCGACGUGUCAAAGGCUUGAAUGGUGUACACCAGGCUAGCUGGUUCUGUGGGAAUCAUUAGGGAUUCACAGUCAUGUUUCCAGGUGUGGCAGUGGCCCUUUGUUAACGAAAAGAAGACUGCCCGGCCAUUUCACCUGACACUGAAAAGGAAAAGCCUCCUGCCACCUGUACGGAAUCAACCUCUGUUUCCCAAACAAUACAAGAACAACAGGCUAGCUGUCAAAACCACGAGUAAUUAACAACAGACAAAACUGAAAAGACUGGUGACAAAGGUCCAUCCAUAGGGAUACAGCAAGGUACUUUUGCCCAUGUAAACUAAAGUGUUCCCAUAAUCCAUGUCAAUGGACCAUGCUGUGUAUGCUUCUGACUGGAAUCAGUAAUAGCUAUUUCCAGUGGUUUGGGGAAGGCUUUCAAAAAAGAAAGGGUAAUGAUUAAUCAACAGGUGGUCUCUGUAGUGGUUAUUCACAGUGGAUGUUGCUUUCAAAGCACUAAACAUUUUGAAAGACUUGGUAUUGUAGAAAACCUUUCAGACUAUUAUUUUUGAAGAUAAGUUGGUGGGAAAGGCUGCUGGACGAUAAUGUUUUUGGGUUAUGACUGCUACAAAUAUUGUUCAUAUUGUGACUUAACUUUUAAAGAAUAUAUUAAACUUUGAUAUAUAUAUAUAUUUUUUUUUUCUGCAGUUUAUAGGAUUAAAUUACAAGAGUUUUAAUCACAUGAACUGCUCCGGACCUAAAUAGUUUCUGUCAUAUAACCAGGAAUGAAUUUAAUUUAACUUGGUCAUUAUGUGUCCAUUAAGGUCUAACAAAGACCAUAUAGACUUGAUAUGUUACUAUUCGAAAGCUGCUGUUUUUUCCAAGUUACUGAAGUGAUUAAAAACUGUGACUGCCUACAUGUUGAGUACCAUUAAAUGUUUUGCUUAUUUAAACUGCCAGCGAGAUGCUGUGUUCUGACCAUCUCCCUUUAAUCAGUCCUCCCACUUAAUCUUCUCUUAAGGCACCAUUAAAUAUUCAGCAGUGAGUCUCGGGUAGGUUUCUGCAUAAUUCCUGUAAAAAUGGAUUGCUGUAUAAAAAGAAAAAAUUAUUGACAGCUAAAAAUAUGUGUGAUUUUCUUUUGCAUUCUUUUAUUUUUCUCUCAUUCUCACACACAUGCAUGUCCACACGUCACAGAUUUAAACUUAGGUUGAUUAUAUUCUCAUAUGUUGUAUUUUAACAAAGGUUAAUUAGAACAGUUCACAUAGUCAUUUUAUGAACCAGCACUGGGGUACAAGGAUUGGUGGCUUGUGAACUUGCUAUUUUUGUUUCUGCUUCAUGCAAGUUAUUUUUUUUCUUGUUUAAUAAUUACUGUAAUUUCACAGUGAAGAAUCAUUUUAUCCAAAGCGUAUUUUGCCCAUUUAUGUAGCUACAUAUUAACAUUCAGGUUAAUGUACAUUGUGUAAUACAUCACUCUAGUCCAGGUUUCAAUAGCAGUUCCCUAAAGCAUAAAUUUAAUGUCACUGUGCUACACACUGUCCCUCACUGUGCUACACACUGUCCCUCACUGUGCUACACACUGUCCCUCACUGUGCUGUAUCUAUGCAUCUGUGUCUGUGUUUGAUGACAUUGAUGACGUGAUUUGCAAACCAGUUUCUGUUUCAUUUUCUGUGUGUCUGAGUCUAUUAAAUAUACCAAUGUGUAUGCAUAUACAGCUCUGGAAAAAAACUGAGACCACAGCACAAUUAUUUGUUUCACUCAUUUCCCAAAUUAUAGGGCUUCAGUCCUGCUUCUAGGAGCCCGAUAUGAACUGUCCUAGCAGUGCACUUCACACCUGCACUUAAUGUUUCCCAUUCCUUUUGAAGGUCACUUGAUAUCAUCCUGAAAAUCAUGAGAAACUGUGAGGUAACUUGACAAUCAUCUCUCCCGUUAGAAUGUCGCUUCCCCCUUUACCUGACUGCUUUCUGGUCGUACCCAGUGUCUCCUGCUUCACCUUAUUCUGCUGCCUUAGAAAUUUUAAGACUGAGAGCAACCUACCUUGUGGCCAUUUGCCCACAGA